AUGGAAGUCGAAAAGGACGAACAAAGCUUCACUUUAGAAGACCCAACUUCCGAUGCUGGAUUUUUUUCAAACGCAGAUUUUGAUAAUGGUGAAUCACCACUAAAAUUCUACCACUUGCUACGAUUUUCGGAUGCUACUGACAGAUUUCUUUUUUGUCUUGGAAUUAUCGGAAGCAUUGUGACGGGGCUGGCGCAGCCACUUUCACUCCUGCUUCUUUCAAAGCUUGUGACUUCAUUCACGGAUAAGUCAAAUGUUCCACUCGAACAGAAGAUGCGCGUUUUCUUACCAUACUACAUAUCCAUCGGCUGUGUGACUUUUGUUAUAUCAUUCUUACAAAUGUUUGGACUUACUGUCUCCGCAAAACGUCAAGGCAGACGCAUCCGUUUGCUAUUAUUUAAGAAUAUUCUACGACAGGAUGUUGCUUGGUUUGAUGAACAAUCGUCUGGAAAUCUUAUCACGAAACUUAGUUACAACAUUGACCAAAUUGAGGGGGGCGUUGGUGAUAGGCUUGGCAAUUUCCUUCAGAAUGUUGUCACUGCCAUUGCAGCAGCUGUUGUCUCUUUAAUAACUGGCUGGAAAUUGGCAUUGGUUUCCUUUACGAUGGCUCCGUUUAUACUUGGCGCCUUCAUGACUCUCGGCUUCGCCCUGCGGAAGUAUGCAAUUAAGGAAAUUCGUGCGUAUGAGAGGGCUGGUUCAGUUGCUGCAGAGAUCCUUACUUCAAUUCGAACAGUGUUUGCCUUUGGAUGUCAAGAUAAGGAGUCGGCUCGAUAUGAGAAGGAGCUGAGCGCUUCGGCUCAUGUUUUUAAACUCAAAUGCUUGCUAAUGGGAUUCGGUAUGGGGAUGGUUAGCUGUACUAUCUUCUGUGCUUCGGCACUCAUCCUUUGGUAUGGUGUUGAGCUUAUUAUAACAGAAAGCUAUGACAACGGCAAUAUUGUUUCGGUAAUGAUGUCAUUCAUAAUUGGCAACACAAGUCUCGGGAGAAGCUUGCCGGAAAUCGAGUUUUUUGCUAACGCUAAACGUGCUGCAGCAUCCAUUUUCGUGAUAAUUGACCGAAUUCCCGCAAUUGAUGUUAUGGGUCAGGGUUUGACGUUGGACUCUUUUUCUGGCAAAAUUGAAUUUAAGAAUUUGUCUUUUUCCUACCCAACCAGGCCAGAUGUUAAGGUUUUGAAGAACUUUUCGUUGACAGUGAAUCCGGGUGAGACGGUGGCGAUUGUUGGUCCUAGUGGUUCGGGGAAAAGCACAACAGUUCAGCUACUUCAGCGCUUCUACGAUGCUGAUGAUGGAAGUAUUCUGUUAGAUGGAGUUGACAUACGCGAUCUCAAUGUUGCAUGGUUGCGUCGUCAACUUGGGGUUGUGUCGCAAGAGCCAAACCUAUUCGCUGGCACCGUCACCGAAAAUAUUCUAAUGGGAAAGCCGGAGGCGGAAUUCGCGGAGGUUGAACAGUCAGCCAGGGAAGCAGACGCACACAAUUUUAUCGUCACCCUGCCAGAGGCAUACGAUACAUUUCUAACGGAAGGCGGAGGCAAGCUAUCUGGCGGUCAGAAGCAACGUCUGGCUAUCGCUCGAGCUCUGAUUCGCAAGCCUGCGGUCCUCCUGCUAGAUGAGGCUACCUCGGCACUGGACAACAAGUCGGAAAAAAUUGUACAAGCAGCCUUUGAUAAAGCCUGUCAGGGCCGCACCGUCAUCAUGAUCGCUCAUCGUCUCAGUACCGUUCGCAAUGCUGAUCGCAUUGUUGUGGUGGAUCGAGGAGUGGUACAGGAAAUGGGCACUCACGGUGAACUGCUUGCCAGGGGUGGAAUUUACGCCAACAUGGUUGCAAAACAGAACGCCGCGCUUGGUGUUUCUGGUGCUCGUCUAACAAUGCGUGCUAGGCGACUCUUCUUCAAAGCCAUACUGAAACAGGUAGUGUUUUUUUUUAACUCAUUUCCCACUUGGCCGCUCACAUAUACAGAGGGGUCUCUACAGUUGUGCUUUGCUUUGUGGAAGAACACUCCCUCGGCAUUGGCUUGCCAUUUGCAGGAAGUGGCGUGGUUCGAUCGGCCGGAGAAUCAGGCUGGCAUUCUGACUGCUCGACUGGCAACUGAAGUGCAGAGUCUGCACCGAGUCACUGGAACUCAGUUGAGCACUCUCCUUGAAUGCCUCUCUCUCGUGAUCUCGGCGUUAGUGAUUGCCUUCUACUACAAUUGGGCGCUAAGCCUCAUCGCCUUAGCCUUUGUACCUGCCCUAUUCUUCGCUGGCACACUACAGAUUAACACACAUAAGGUCUAUGGCUCCAACAACGGAGGUUUGUCUGUAGAGCCAUGGGAAAUUGCAAGAAAACAUACAUUGGUUCUUAAGAUUAACAAAAGUAAAAGUUUUCCUGUAAGGUUUCGUACAAAUAGUUUAAAGACGCGUCAAAUAAGUGGAGGCGGUGGGCAAAAUACGAUUGAAGGAGCAAACAUCGCACAGGAAGCCUUCACUUCUUACCGUACAGUUGCUGCAUUCGGGCUGGAGCAAUUUACCUACGAGAAGUUCCGCACAGCCUCUAAAAGUUCCAAGAAAUCCCGUUAUGGACAAUCGGUGCUUUUUGCCGUCGUACACUGCUUGGCUAACGGAACCUUCUACUUUUUGAUUGCUGCUUAUUAUUACACUGCAUCCUACCUUUACGACCGCGGCAAAGUUGACAUGCCAACAAUAUUUAGAAUAUUCUCUGCUGUCAACUUUGCCUCUCAGGGUCUUGGUAGGGCUGCCGGUUAUGCGCCCGAUUUCGCGACCGCUUCACAAAGCAUAAAAAAGACUCUCGAAUCCAUUCAUCGAGAGACAAAAAUGGAUGUCAGCAAGGGCGACUAUCCACCCAAUCCACCAGUGGGCAUGUUUGAAUUCAAAAAUGUCUACUUCCGCUAUCCCACCAGAAGGCGCAACCCCAUAUUGAGGGUGCAUGUUGUUUUGCUUUGUGCUAACAUUUUUUCAACUUUAAAUUUGUCUCUUUGUGCGGUGAUGUAG